GACGAAGUCCUAGCCAUCAACGACAAGGUGGUCCUCCGCGCGGACGACCUGCUGAGCUGGAUCUGCGCGGGCACGGAGUGGCGCUGGGGGCUGCGCGCGGUGUGGCGCGGCGCCUGCGCCCCCCCCGCGGACCCCGCCCGGACCGCGCCGCUGCACCACACCAAGCUUGACUUCAGCGAUGUGGCCAGCGAGAAGAAUACCAUCGAGGUGGACGCGGACGCUCCCGGCGUGGUAGUGUUCUCGUACCCGCGCUACUGCCGGUACCGCGCGCUACUGGCGCGGCUGGACGGGCUGCAGGCCGACUGGCUGCGGGACUCGCUGGUGGCCGCGCUCGGGGGCUACGCCGCGCCCACCAACAACACCAGGAUACUGUAUUGUAAGGACACGUUCGAGUACCCUGAGCUGGAAGGUCACGAGUUCGUGUGCAACCACCUGGCGCCGCGGCUGAAGGGGCGGCCGCGGGGGCGGCGCCGGCGCGCGCACGAGCCCGAGCACGAGCCCGAGCACGAGCACGAGCACGAGCUCGAGCACUCCGGGGACAACAGCGACGAUGCCGGGGAACAGGCGCAGCCGUCGCGCCGCCGGCUGUCGCUCCGCAACGGCGCGGCAGCGGCCAGCGAGGACGAGGAGGAGGAGGGGCGCCGCGCCGAGGACUCCGCCGAGGACCGCGCCUUCCUGCACCAGCUCAAGGCCUUCUACAAGAGCCGCGGCGAGAGCCUCAAGACUGGACACACUCUUAAACACUACUCGCUCCGCGCGCUGUACAGCUGGGUGGUGUCGCGCGGCGGCUACGAGAGCGCGUCGCGGCGCCAGCUGUGGCGCGCGCUCGCCCCCGCGCAGCCCGCGCGCGCGCGCCGACACUACGAGAGAUUCCUCCUACCCUUCGAGAACCACGAGCGCAGAAACGGCUUGUCAUACAAAAUGAACGGCAAGACGGACUGCGAGCCGCACACCAUAGCCACCAUAGACGUGACCGACUCCCCCCUCAGAGACGACGACGUCAAGAUACUGAGAACGCCGUCACCUAAACCAGAAAACCUGGAAAACUUAGACAAAACGGAAAUCAAAUACGGGAAAUUCGAAAAGUUGGGUAAAAUAGAGAAAAAUGUCGACUCAGAAACCGGUGAGAUUACGUCCAAAGACGAGUUGGUGGUGAAGAACGCUGAGGAGCUGAACCGGGAGUUCCUGGAGUCGCUGCAGGAGGAGAGGGUCUCCAAGAUCUCGGUGAAGCCGGUGGACCAGCUGGUGGAGCCCGCCAUGGUCAAGCUGUAUGAGAAGGAGGAGAAGGAUGUACAGUAUCUGGAUACGCAGAAGAUUCAUAUAGCUGAAUCUCCGUCACCUCGCGCUCCGCCAAACGGACACGCGCCUACCGACCUUAAGAGCUCCCGUCCGGCGGGUCGCAGCUCGCUCCGCGCGGUGCGGGUCAAGCCGCAGCGGAGCCAGCCGCCCUCCAACACGCCCCCGGGCAGCGUGUCGACCACGUCCCCUCCGCUCACGAACUUCGGCAUCCACCACCCGCCGCCGCCGCAGCCGCAGGACGACGACAUCGUAGAGGUCCCGUACAAACCAAAAACCCCUGAAAUAAUCGAUCUCGACGAGUACCCGGAGAGCCCUCAGGCAGUCAAGAAGAAGAAGCUGGACAUCCUAAAGGAGCGAGGGCUGGAGGUGACGGCCCUGCCCCCCUGGCAGCCGCACCCGCAGGUCCUCGCCCCCCCUCUCAUGCUGAACCCCGCCGUCCAGCAUCAGAUCAUGACGCAGGCGCAGCUGUUCCAGAUGUACAACAUCGUGCCCCCCAACUACAGCAACGGGAUCCAACCCCCCAAGGUCAUACAGGCCUCCUCGAUCUUCGGCAACAUGGGCCCAGAGAAGACCGUCUACGGGAACCCCAAAGACCCCUUCAUGCCCCCUCCGCACGUGCUACACGGGGCCCCUGUGAAGCCCCUCCGCACUGCGCCGGCCGCCCAGCCCACCCCUCAGGACAUCCUCGACCUCACCUGCAAGUCCACCAGCCCGCCGCCGCAGAAGCCCGCCGUCGAGAUAGUCAGGGUCCCGACCUCGCCCUCACCGAAGCUAACCCCUCAAAACCUAUCCAAAAACUACACCUUAGUCGAUGGCAAAGCGGUCGUAGGGUCAAAUCUAGAAAUAACGUUAGUCAAUAAAGCUCAGAGCCCAAAUAAGAACCGGCCGCCGCAGAAGCGCUCCAGCAACGGCAAGUUCAUGUCCACGAAGACCCCCACCCCCCCCAAGGAGACCUACCCCAAGUACACGAGUCCGUCGCACAGCAGUCUGCAGAAGAAACCGCCUAUAACCAUACCCAGCUACCAAAUACGAGAAGACGCCAACUCGAUACAGUCGAACCUUCAGAACGCGAUGAAGAAUCCUAAUCUAGCUCAAAUAAUGGACUUGCAAAAGUCGAGCGCGGUCCCCAUGGCGUCGUUCGACCCCUACGUGGCGCUGUACAGCAGCCUGGCGGGGAGCCUGGACCCUCGCCAGCUGGCCCUGUACCGGGACCUCAUGGCCAACCAGUUCCGCGGCUACCCCGGACUCAUGAACCUGGGGGUCGCCAACACGCCCACAACGAAGAAUUAACCUUUUAGCUGUCUAGUCUAAUCUUAUAAGAUUUUUAACUGGUUACACACACAGUUACAACUUUCAAAGAGUUUAAUUAACUCGACUAAUUUUGGUGUUGAUAGUUGACUUUUUAUAUAAUUUACGAUUUCGUUUUGUAAAUAUUUACAAAAAGAUUAAAUUAUUAUUUUAAUAGUUAACGGAUAUGUUAGUUAAGGAAUAAGGAUUAAAUUUUUGUUGUCAGCUAUCAACAACAGAAUAUAACUGUCCAGUUAAUUUUAACUCGUUGAAAUCAUAGUUAACUGAGAAAUUUUCAUAUAAUCGUAUACGAAUGUGUAUUUGUUGUGUUAUAAUAGAUGAAUUCAUAAUGUUUAGUAGCUAUUCUACUUUUAAAGGUCAAUCUUUAAAUGUAUUAUAGACUAAAAUUAUUUUGGGGGACUCUUGAAGUAUUCAAUAUUAGAAGGAAUGAGAAAAGUGUCAUUUUUUCCCACUAAAGGAAUGUAUGUUUUUCAACAGAAUUUGUGCGGAGCAUAAAAUCGGAUACUAGCUACGUGUAAUCCUGGUUAUAAACUAUCUGUUUACCAAAUUUCGUCCAAAUUCAUUUAGCGGUUUUUGAGUGAAAGGGUAACAAACAUCGAUCCUUGUUUACAAACUUUCACGUUCAUAAUAUUAGUUGGAUUUCUCACAUUAAACAUAUUAAUAUGAACGAAGUUUCCUUUAAUACUUCAAAAGUCCCUCAAAUAAUAUAAAAUAGACUUUUAAAAGCCACCAAAACGAUCUCCCGGUCUUGUUUAUAAUUUAAUUAAGAUUCAAAAUGAAAUGGGAACAAUUAAAAAUAUUGUUUCAAAAGAAAUUCUGUAAAUAUUAAAUAUAGUUAUGUCUUUUUUAUGGAAAUUAUCAUUUUUAAAGUGUGUAGUCUGAGUAUCUGGUAACUGGAGAAAUUUAACUGUUCAGUUAAAAAUACAGUUAUUUAAUUAAGUAUUUUUUUGGUUGAUUCCUGAUAGAGUAUUUGUAAGAUUUUAGUUUUUGGGAAUAUUUUGGCUUUGCGACGUUAUAUAUUAGAGUCUGGAAACAUUGACUAGAUAUUAAACUACAAUAUUAUUGUAAUAACUCUCUUUUGGCGCAGUCAAUUAAUCCAACGUCAAAAUCGUUUCAGUCAUUUACAAGCUAUGAUGGUAAAAACUGGUCAAAUGCCAAGUCAAACACGACACUUAAAAGUUUUGUACAAAAAAGGUUAAGAAAAAAAAAGUGUCGACCAUCAAAUUCAUGACAGUAAAAACAGUUGCUUAACCACGAUUUGUAUUUGCCUUAUUUGGUUUUAUGGAGGCAACAGUUAAAAAUUUAACCUUCAAUCCUAGUCAUGAGAUACAAACUCCUGACAGGCGAACAGAUAGCACAGAACUAGUAAUUGGACUCCAAUUUCAGUCUAAAAGCAAGAAACUCUGAAAAAUAAACUUAGUAAUGUAUAUAAAUAUAGAUAGAAACAUUACUUCAUCUGUCACUAAUAUAAAAUAUCGCAGAGCCAACGAAGAAUUCCUCCCUUUCGUUUGUAAUUGGUUAAAUUAUUAUAAAGAUACACGCAUUGCACACUAGUAGUUGUAAAAUAAUGUUGUGUUAUUAUUAUUAGCUGAAAUUGUAGUUUAAAUACCUUCUUAAUAAAGGUUGAGUUGUAUAUGGUAACACUGAA